AUGACAGAAGAUAUCCAUGUGUCGCGAAGGUAUUGCGCUCUAUGCGUGGAUCACCCGACUGCUGGAGAACGCAUAAUCGACCUCGAGAAGGAUGGAUUUCCUCCACAAACUGUACCCGAUUGUGAAAAAAACUGCGUAUUCUGCAAGGCGGAGCCAAACCCAUUGCUAUGCAUUCAUACAAGGUGUCUUCGGCUUCUAAUGGCCAGCUACGAGCCAUCUGACAAGCCGUCCUUGAAGGAUAUCAGAAAAUUCGCACUUGCCACGGAAGAACUCUAUCCAAGGUCCUAUCCAGAACGUGGAAAUCCUGGAACCGUUUUAGAGGGUCUGGCGUCCAGGUAUACUGCCUGGAUCAUUCCAGAGUCCUUCAAGGAAGACUUCUUUGGUAAAUUACCCCCUGAGAUACGACGCAGGAUCUCGGAGUUUGUUGGUUCAUGCUGGUACUUGACUAUCCUAGGAGAGACGCGACGGCUCAUUGACUAUGGUAGACAGAACAAAGAGCCUCAAGAAGAUGAACUCGACCUCACCAAAGACAUAUGGAUGUCGCGAAUUAUCUGUAGGGAUCAUUCUUACGUGGCACAGCUCAGCAACACACCACUAAAGGCAGCUGAAGGGGCUGAUGUGUUUCAAGUUCAGCUGCCUCGGAAUAUUCACAGAGUUAUUAUUUCACAGGACCACAUCGGUGUGCGUGGGAUUCAGUUUCUCAACCGUGAUGCUACUCCGACAGAAGAUCAGUCACCCUGGUAUGAAAUAUUCAACGUGCAGAAUCCUCAUCCAAAACUAGGGGUAUACCGUCAUUGCCUGCUGAUGCAGAGAAUUGCAUUGGUUAAUUGGCAAUAUUCAGGGUCGGAAUCCCUGACAUGGACCUCGCCUUUUGCGCCCGCUCUCCACGAAUUGGUCCAAACUCCCUUUAACCGGGGCGGGACGAUAGCCUCCCCCAUGUAUAUUGGAUUUAUUUUCCACUCAAUGAUCAGGAACAGAUCCAGGGAGCCUGGCUCCGGGGCUGGACUACUGCCCCGGGGAAGACACGUAACCUUUGGGGCCCAGGCUCCGGAUCACUAUCUCGCGAAUCGGCGGUAUCAUCCUAUGCUCUGGGAUGUUGAUGGACCUGUUUCCGGAAUCUAUCAUGACGGCAUGGAUCCGGGGUCCAGCUAUGUCACGGUGUGCGGAGUUACCUGCCAUAGCCCUCGCAAUGGCCAGACCCCAAUCUUGGUCCCAAUACGUGAUUUAUCGGAGUUUCCAGGCGGCAAUCGCAACAAAUUGUUCGAACACUGGUUUAUGACCAAGGCCACACUGAGAGGUCUUGUUAAGGUCCAAGUAUGCAGGGAUCGGAUGAGAUCACAUCAUCCCUGUCUGGGCAUGUUAAUGUUCUAUGACGACGGUCAUGUCGAGUCCAGUGGACAGAUCCGCUGGGAUUACGGACUGGGUGAAGAUAUAUGCAGUCCUAUCAUUGUUGUGAAAGGAGUUAAUGAUGGGCGGGAGUAUAUCAAAGACAUCCGAAGUGCAAAGGACAAAGUAGAGUCUACGGUUCAUCCGGGUGACCAGCAGGUUCUGCCUGCUGAGGGAAUACUCGCAUGGUGGUUUUGUGAGGUGGAAGAUAGGCUUGCCAUUUACGAUGACUAA